GGGGGUGUCCAUCCCAGCCUCCUAUAUGACGUGGCCUCCAUUCCACCUGUACGCCUGGAGGCUGAGCCCUGUUCUCCUUCCUGACUCAGGAACCUCUUAGCGUCUACAAUAAGGGCCGCCCAGGACCUGAGGAGACAGCUCUCACACUGCCAAAGAGGGGCACAGUCCUCAGGAUGUUCCAAGGGAAAUAGAAGCCAGAACCAGAGCCUGUAACCCAUUCCCCCCAAUAAUGGGGCCCCCAGUGAGUCAUCUGCUGGCUGGCCUGUGUGUGUGGAUGACCUUGGGCUCAGUAGGGGGCUCAGCCCCCAACCUGGGCCCUGCCGAGCAGGAGCAGAACCAUUACCUGGCCCAGCUGUUUGGCCUGUAUGGGGAGAACGGGACACUGACCGCAGGGGGCCUAGCGAGGCUUCUCCACAGCCUGGGGCUAGGCCGAGUUCAGGCACUUCGCCUGGGACACCACGGGCCUCCAGCUGGUCGGGCCACACCCCCAGCUGGAGACAAUUCCACGCACAGAUCACAGGACCCCGAGCUGAGUGUGGAUGUCUGGGCGGGGCUGCCUCUGGGUCCCUCGGGGUGGGGUGGCCCAGAGAAGCCAAAGGCCCCAGCAUCACCCCAUGGGCCAGCGCCCUCGGGCCUGGACCUCUUUCACAGGCUUCUGCUGCUGGACCAUUCACUGGCUGACCAUCUGAAUGAGGAUUGUCUGAAUGGCUCCCAGCUGCUGGUCAAUUUUGGCCUGAGCCCCGCUGCUCCUCUGACCCCUCAGCAGUUUGCUCUGCUGUGUCCAGCCCUGCUUUAUCAGAUCGACAGCCGCGUCUGCAUCCAGGCCCCAACCCCAGCCCCCCCGGGGGAUCUUCUGUCUGCCCUGGUUCAUAGUGCCCUGGCAGUCCUGCUGCUCAGCCUCCCUGCUCCCCUCUCCCUGCUACUGCUGCGGCUCCUAGGACCACGUCUAUUGCGGCCCCUGCUGGGCUUCCUGGGGGCCCUGGCCGUGGGCACGCUUUGUGGGGACGCGCUGCUCCACCUGCUGCCACAUGCACAAGGAGGGCAGCACGCUGGACCUAGCGGACAACCGGAGGAGGACCUGGGACCAGGACUGUCAGUACUCGGAGGUCUCUUCCUGCUCUUUGUGCUGGAGAACAUGCUAGGGCUUUUGCGGCGUCCAGGGCUCAGGCCAAGACGCUGCAGGCGAAAAAGAAAGGCUCUCAGAGGACCGACCCUGGACCUGGAGGAUGGCGGUGGGAUGGCCCUUCAGCCCCUACAUGCAGCUCCAGAGCCGGAAGCUCAGGGCCGCAGGGAGCAGGCCGGCCAGCCCCCACCAGCCCCGGGCCCUACUGGGCACCAAGGCCACAGUCAUGGGCCCCAGGGUGGCGGUGGCGCCAACAUCACGUGGAUGGUGCUCCUGGGAGACGGUCUGCACAACCUCACUGACGGGCUGGCCAUAGGUGCCGCCUUCUCCAACGGCUUCUCCAGUGGCCUCAGCACCACCCUAGCCGUCUUCUGCCACGAGCUCCCCCACGAACUGGGUGACUUCGCGAUGCUGCUCCAGGCUGGGCUGCCCUUCCGGCGCCUGCUGCUGCUGAGCCUGGUGUCUGGAGCCCUGGGACUAGGGGGUGCAGCCCUGGGGGUGGGGCUCAGUUUGGGCCCUGUCCCCCUCACUCCCUGGGUGUUUGGGGUCACUGCUGGGGUCUUCCUCUAUGUGGCCCUUGUGGACAUGCUACCUGCCCUGCUUCGACCCCCCGAGCCCCUGCCUGCGCCCCACGUGCUACUGCAAGGACUGGGGCUGCUGCUGGGGGGCGGCCUCAUGCUCACCAUAGCCCUGCUGGAGGAGCAGCUAUGGCCCCUGGUCUCUGAGGGCUGA